UUGUUAUUUGUUUUGUUGAACUUCUGUAUGGAGCAAUGAUGGUUGUCAGCUGCUAAAUGUGUUCCAGGUGUUGGAAUUCUCUUUGUUCAACUAAGAAUGAUAUUCCGUAGUUGUUUUUCUUAAAUAUAAAAUGUUGUGCCUUGUCCGUCAAGCUGAUUCUGUGAUAAUAGAAGUUGAAGUUGAUUCAAAAGCUAAAGGAAAACAAUGUCUUGAUAAAGUUUGUGAAGUUCUUGGAAUUAUUGAGUGUGAUUACAUGGGUCUGCAAUAUGUUGGGCCCCAUGGUGAAAAUUUAUGGCUGAAUUUGCGCAAUCAAAUAAGGAGACAGCUCCCUGGUCCUCCACCUUAUCGUCUGCAGCUUCGAAUGAAAUUUUUUGUUCCUCCACAUCUUAUUCUUCAAGAUAUUACUCGGCAUUAUUUUUACCUGGAUGUUCGACAAACAUUCAUUGAAAAUAGAUUACGAGUGCCCUCUACCCACCAGAUUUGUCAUUUAACUGCCCUUAUUGCACAGAUAGAACUUGGUGACCUUGAUGAAACAGUUGGAUCAGCAGCUGCACUCCUUCAGUAUCCCAAGUAUCUACCAACAAAUUAUUUGAUGAACUGUUCCGAAGAUUCUGAGCACCCGCCUCAAUUGCGUGUUAGAUGGCGUUCUGGAGGAAGCACAGAUGCCAGUAGUAACAACCAUAGCUCUAGUGAGGAAAUUAUUACAGAAUCAACAGAUGAAGAACAACAACAAGUUAGCAUUGAAACAGACAGAACUGCAGUGAUACGCCUAUGUCAGAAAGUGAUGAAAGAGCACCUACUGCUCAAAGGAAUGACAGCCAGUGCUGCGGUGUACCAGUUUCUCAAAGAAACUUCAGAGCUUGAAGACUUUGGCAUGGAGCAGUAUUUUGUGAAAAACAGAAAUGGGGAAACUCUGAGAAUUGGUGUUGGACCCACAGGAAUCCUGAUUCAUGAUCUAAAUCUGGUUUUGAAGCAUAACAUCCCUUAUGCGUCCAUUCAUCUGGCCACCCAUGCAGGUCGAUGUUUCUUUCUGAAUUUUGUUAAUGAGAGUGGAGAGUCUUCUGCCCUGGGAUUCAAACUAGAAAACUGUCACUCUGCCAGUGCUUUGUACAGAGCUGUUACUGAGAAGCAUGCUUUUUAUAGCUGUGAGACUGUGAGAAAUGCUGUCACUUCUCAAUAUAUCAGAGACUUGAAAGGAACUAUUGCUUCAUUGUUCAAUGAAAACACUGCACUUGGGAAAAACUAUGUUUUUGACAUCCAGAAAACAUGCCGAGAGGUUUAUGAUCACACAAGACGUGUCAUGUAUCAGAUGGAAUCUGCUGGGAAGCAGAAUUCUCUAAAUACUCCCCUUGUUGAAAAUAAUGAUUUGAAAGAACAGAGCUGCCAUGCAACGGCUUGUAAGGAGAUCCAAGAACGAUUAGCAGCAUUUCAAGAUUCUAUGUUGUGUCGAAUCUGCAUGGAUUCUGAUGUGAGCACUGUUUUCUUUCCGUGCAGGCACGUAGCAUGUUGUAGUACGUGCGCUCCCCUCUGCCACAACUGUCCAUUGUGUCGAAGUAGUAUUUCCGAAACUCAGCAUGUAUAUCUUCCUUACACGGGAUGUGAACUUUCCAGCUUUAAAAAGGAAAGGAAAUCCUCUGUUGAUGUGAAGUCAGAAAGCUGAAACUUUUACUCAUAACUGUGAAUCUUUAUUCAGGAAAGAAGAGGCUGCAUUCAAGGACAACUCAAGUUGAUAUAAUUAGAAAGCUUUGAACAGUCAUAAUGCUGGUGCAUUUAUAAUAUACAUUUUUAUGCAUUAACAGAGCCCAUCAAGUUUUUAUCAUUGUUUAUUUUAAAUACAAUUACAUUACCAAUAUUUGUUUUUUAAGUUGAAUUUCUUUCAGUGUAAAAAUUAUAUUUAAUAUACAUAUUCAGGAUCAUUUAGCUGGAUUGAAUAGAUUUUCAAAGUAUGCAACUUGAGUUGUCACUGACAUCAGAUAAAUUAUUUAUAUUAACAUAUUAAAAUAUCUAGUUUUAGUGAGUUACUGAAAAACAUUAUUUAUUUGUUGUUAUUAAUCAGGUUUUAUAAGUAACUUAUAUGUAGUAAUGAAAUAUGACUUAUGGAGUUACUUGUUUUAUUAAUAAUUCAAAUUUUUUAAAUGCAAUAAAAAUAGUAUUAAGGUUGAAUUAAUAUUCACUUGGGCAAAUUUAAUAUAAAAAUUUCUGCAUUGCAUGGCAAUACUUAAUAUGUGUAAUUGUAGUUUUUAAUGAAAAUUUUAUUCAUCUUUUUAAAAUUAUUACGAAGAACGUGAUUUCUUAGAACAUAAAAAUGAUACUCAUUAUUAAAAGAAAAAAAAUUAUGAUUUGUGUCAGUAUUAAUUUUUAUUAAUACAAGUAUUUUUAAGUGUUGUAUUUUAAUCUUUAUAGCCUAUGAAUUUACUUUUGACAUUAAAUUCCUCCUUAUUUUACAUAAAUGUUUCAUCUUAAAUUAUUAAUUUAUAUAACAAUAUUCAGUUUUGUUAUUUCCACAGGUAAUUCUAAAACUUAUUUUUAUAAAUGAAGAAAGCCAUUUUAAUUUGUGUACCAGUUUUGAAAAUCAUAUUUCUCCAAAAUGUGCUUGCUAUCUUGACAUUUGAGUAUUUAAAACUAGAAUUUUAAAUCCUGCAUUAAGUGAAAACUAAUAGUUAUUAAAAACUCUACAAAUGAUAAUCGCACAAUUUUAAAACGUGAUAUUAUAUACUAUUUAUAAAAGUAUCACCUUAUUCUAAAUGUUGCAUAGUAUUUUUGACCUGUAAAGUGUUUGUGUAUAAUGAUUGUGCACUUUAGAUUUUGGUGAAUAUGCGAUUAAAAAGGCUAUUUUCUAAGAUUUAUUUCUUUAUUAGUCAGAAAGGACAUUUUUGAUUCUUAGGUGACAAUCUAUACUUACGUAUUAUAUUUUUAAAAUUAAGGAUACAUUAGAAAAAAAGAUUAGUGUCUUCCAAAAAAAUAUGUUGCAAUGAGUUGGGUGUUUGCCAGUAUUUUUAUGUGCACAAACUGUAAUUAUCUGAAAAUAAAGAAUAGGUUUAAGAAA